AUGGUAAAGAGAACAAUAAAAAGGAUUAUUGCCGAGCAAAAUGUAUCUACAAAGGCUAAAAGGGCAAAAGUGAGCCAACCCGCUCCAAAAUCCAUUACCCUGAAGUUUUACCCUUUGACAAAUAGUAAGAUAAGAGAACCAAUACAGCUGCCAAAAAUAUAUCUUGAUACGCACACAGAGACAUUCAUUGAUGGUCUAAAAUUUAUUGUGGACAAAGAUCCCGGUCUAUAUUCUUUUCUUACUGAUAAUAAGGCCUUUGGAAUAUGCCUAAAGAAUUCAGAUAAAGAAAAUGAUGUUGGUGUAAUGAAUGGGUUUACUAGAGUGAGAGAAUUGAACUUUUACUUUGAGAAACUCGCGGGCGGUCUUAUUUCACAGCAAAUCAGUGGACAUGCUGCUGCUGCUAUCCGUAAGAAGAUUGUUGGUGGGCUUUGCAAUGAUGGAGAAGAAUUUCCUAGUCCGGAAACUUUUUACCAACACACAGAAGAAGAAUUGAGGGUGUUUGGUCUUUCGCAUAGGAAGGCUGAAUAUAUAAGAAGGCUUUCCAAAGCAUUUAUGUCUGACAUCGAACUUGAUGAAAUUGAUGAAGGCAUCCAGUUCAGUCCGUCAUAUUUUGAGAACAUCGAUGAUGCAUCCUUGAGGGUCGAUUUGGAAAAAUUUAAAGGCAUCGGUCCGUGGUCCUCCUCCAUGUUUACAAUGUUUGCACUGGAAAGACUGGAUAUUUUUGAACCUGGGGAUUUAGGUAUUAGAAGAGGGUUUACACAGUUUCUUAAAAAGAGGCCAGCAUUAGAGAAAGAGGCUCGAGAACUUCUUGACAACGGUGUCAUUCCAAGGACAAAGAAAGUCAGUAGAAACAAGAAGAAAGAUAAGUACAUCAGUGAUGUUGAUUUGAUGAAUGUGAUUGCUGAUCAAUUCAAACCCUACAGAACAAUUUUCAUGCUUCUUCUAUGGAGAAUAAGCGAUACUAGCGUUGAAGCAAUGUCUAGGUGA